ACAUUCUCCGAGAAGGGAGCCAUGACUUCACCACUGUAAGGUUGGACAAUUCCACUGAGGGCAGGGACAGAUCCAGGGAUGGUUUGCUCUGAAAGGAAACCGAAGAUACCCAACAUAGCAAGACGUCCAUUGUUGAUUUCGACCUUAAGACCACGGGCCUUGGCUUCGUCGCUCUUGUUCUUGCUCAAUUUGAAAGGAUCGUAAAGGUUGAAAGGAACUGGGUGGGGGAUACCAUCGGCGCCAGAGACGAAGUCAGGGUAAUCACCGGGCUUUCCUCCUGCCAUGUAAUGGGUGUGGUUUGGUGUGCUGAGUUCCGACCAGAAUUCCAAGAAAGCAACGAGGGACAAGAUUUGCCACUUAGCGCUGUCACUGACUUGGUCCCAAAGUUCAGGUGGGUUGGUUGAGGUAGGGAAAGGAGUUCCAUCCAUUUGCAUGGCCCAUGGGAACUUGAUUCCAUUUGCGUGGACAAUGUAUCCAACGAAGGCGAACAUGGCAACACGUCCGUGCCUGAUCAGAUCAAGAGGAAACGACCAAAAAAGAUACCAUUAGAAAAAGAAAGAGUUCGCGGARGCGAAGAACAAUGGUAUCUACUACCUACGAAAAGAGAGCGGACGCCCGAGACCAGUAUCCUUAUGUUCAUACGUUGAACCUCGUUUCUUCGAUCAUUUCAAAUCUCUAUUGCACACUAUGCAUACUCACUUGAUCUCAGCAUGACGCAAGAAGCCAAUGGUUGCUUCGUUCGAGGUUCCCCAGAAUUCAGCUUCAGCCAAGUUCAAAGGAUCAUAGAACUUGACAAUAGGGUUAAGGUCUCCAGCCAAGGCUUCAAGGUCAGCCUUGGAUUCUUGGACAGCAACGGAAGCACGAGAGUUCGUAGCAGCAGGAGCAAAGGCCGAGGCCGAAGCAGCAAGAGAAAGAAGGAUGGAUGCAGUCUUCAUUUUGGAAAAUUAGAUUUAUUUAUUGGCAGUAAGAAAUAUAAGAAUCGGGAUGAAGUCGUUUUCGAUGCAGAAGAAAAGCAAUUUCUUCUUGUCAUCGACUUUUUGGCAUUUUGAUUUUGUCGUGAGAAAAUCUGUAAAAAUCUGUAAAUCAUCAUUGACUUCAACUUUUGAGAAGAUCGCGGAGUCCUUCCAUCGUCCGUGAAUAUGACUAACUCGACUAGUCUGCUGAAAACCUCUGACGUUUGGUUGGCAUGGUUUUAACUGCGUGAAGGCCUUCAUUUCAUUGAGAAAAAAUAAUAAUACUGCUGAGACCAAACGUGAUGUUCAAUGUCGUCCAGGUAUGAGAUAGAUCCAAUCUCUUCGGUAGCAACGUGUCGAUCAUACCGUACCGUACGGUAKGAUUUUUUAUCAACCUUCGAUUUGAAAAUCGUCUCAUUCCGAUUACUUCUGUGGAUUCUUGCAAGACCAGUGUAUCAUACAAGUACUGCGGACGUAACUCGACCGUAGUUGCAUACAACGUAUUUAUUAAUCGCUAUAGGAUUGUUGGAAGCAAUUUUGUGCGGGUGGUGCCGUUGGAUUGAGAAGAACUCCCUCCUAUUGGCAUUUGCGUUUGCACAGCAACAUUAAUAUUGAGGAAACAAGAAAUUCCUACUCGCCAUCAAUCUAUUCCUGGAACGUGCAUACACGGAAAUCUUUUGAAAUAUGUAUAAUUACGGCUACUACUUCGUCUGCCUUUUUGGUGUAAUGAUUAGUGCAGUCCACACGUCCGAAGCAUUUCAGUGUCAAGCACCCGCAUCGUUCGUAUCACUGUCACCACAUCGGAUAACAAAGCAAUCGAAGCCCAGCUUGCAAACACGCAAUAAUGUGCAACUAUUUAUGUCCGAAAAGAACAAUGGUCCCUCAUUUGUUGAUCAAUUGGGAGAUUGGUGGAAUUCCGAUGAAGGAAGAGACGACGUCAAGACAUAUUUCGUAAGCCUUGGGAUUGCCCUGUUGCUUCGAUUUACAAUCGUUGAGCCACGAUACAUUCCUUCGCUGUCGAUGUAUCCUACUUUUGAGGUUGGUGAUCAACUAGCAGUUGAAAAAGUCACGAAAAGAAUCAAACCAUUGUACAGGGAUGAGGUGGUCGUAUUCAAUCCUCCGCAGUCGUUUCGUGAUAUCAUGGUAGACAAAUAUGGCCAAAAUGCGGCCCGUGCUAGGGAAGCACUUAUCAAGCGAAUUGUGGCUAUUGAGGUACGUCACUUUGUUUUUGGAUAUGGAUGUGACAAAUCGACCUUGAAGCGUCUGCUCAAACAUGUUUUGUGUGUGCUGCUGCAUCUCCUUUUCCGUUAGGGUGACGAGGUUGAGGUCAAAAUGGGAAAAUUGUAUGUAAACGGUGACGAACAGGACGAACCUUUCACAGCUGAAGAUGCCGAAUACGAAUUUGGUCCAGUCGUUGUCCCCCCUGGUAAUGUCUUGGUUCUUGGCGACAACCGCAAUCACAGUUUGGAUGGGCAUAUCUGGGGUUUUCUACCGAAAGAAAACGUGAUCGGAAGAGCUGUUUUUGUUUACUGGCCUCCAUGGAGGGUGGGCAACGAGGGAAUGUUUUAAGUAACACAGACAAAAUCAGUCUAUGCGAAAUGGAAUACAUCUCUCGGAGUCAUACACCAUUUCUCUCGCCGAUGAACGAUGUGAGCGUUUGUCCAAAUUAAUUUCCUCGCUUUUGUAGUAGAUGAAGAGAGAAAUAGAAGCUCGACUCUUUAUGUUUCGCGACCAAUAAAUUUGCUAGUAAAACGAGCUCUUGAGGCGAAAAUUGUGAAGAUUGUACAGAGGGUACUAGCACUAGCUGAACCAUGUUUUUUCUCGCUGACAUCGUAAUACUAUCUAGAUCAAUCUCUGGGUGACCGUAACCAAGACUAUUAGCACUGUACGACGCAGAUAUUGUGUACUUCAACAUUCGAUACAACGCAAACGCAUAGGCACGAAAGUAGUCUAGACACCGUGUGUUUUACAAAGGCAAGAUUGGCAUUUAUUAGUUACAAACCAAAUAGUUCCGAUGAAACUAUGUUGCUCUAGUGAUCAAAAAAUAUAUCCAUAGCUCGUAGAUGAGUGCUUAGAAGGCACCGGCACCAUCUCCGAAAGGAGAGAUGUGUCCAGCAGAGUAUUGUUCGUACAUAGUUUGUCCGGUCAUGCAUUCGACAACCAUGUUACCCAUAAUUCCCAUCAUAGCGGCACGUCCGUUGUUGAUCUCGGCGUUGAGCUUGCGGGUCUUUUCUUCAGGGUUGAGGUUCUCUCCGAACCAACCAACUCCGUAGUCUCCGUCGUAUUGGGAAGCAGGCAUCCAUGCAAGUUCGACAAGGGCGAAGAAGGCAAGGAUCUGAAGAAGUCCGGCGUUGGGGAUGGCACGAAUUCCGUCAACUCCGGUAGGGAUGUCAGAGAAUUUGAGGUUUUGGGAAGGGGAAAGGUAUCCAUCGAAGACGAUGUGGUUGUUGUGGACAAUGACACCAACAGUGGCAGCCAUGGCAAUACGUCCGUGCUUGCGCUCGACGGCACGACGACGUUCGAAGGACUCAGGCUGAGACUCCAACCAUCCGAGAGGAUCGUAAACUCCCAAAGGAGCGGUGACACCGAUCUCGAGUUCGUUGACGUUCAAGGCGGUGGAAGACUUGGCCUGUUGAGCAGGGGCGAAAGCAGCCGCGGAGGCAAUAAGGGAGGCAAAGAUGGCAGACUUCAUUUUGAAUAUAUUUUUUGAUAUCUG